UGCCAUAAAACCUGACAGAAGAAGAAGAAGGAGUCCAGUGAACGACAGAUAUGUAGCAUAACCUUAGACAGGUAAACAAUUCAUACAGAGUAACGUUUUUAUAUUGUUUGAUCAGCGUUGUUUAUGCUGCAAUGGUUGUAACACAGUGUAGUUGAACAACAGGAAAGUGGAUCGAUUAGCCAUCAUACUUGAUAGCAAGUACACAGCAUAAUCUGGUCAAAUUGUGGAAAGAUGUCGGCAGUACAAUCCCACGUUGCUCUUAUUUUGGAUGACUUGGCCAAAAAGGCUGUUGCUGAAAUCAUUACAUUGUUUGAUAACACUUUUGCUGCAUUCAUCGAAGAACUUUGUAAGAAACAGAAUGAAAUCGAUCACCUUAAAAAAAAGUUGGUGUCACCGCAAGAUGUGAACACGGCGGGAAACAUCGUGCAUGAGAAGCCUUCCGUGUUGUCUUAUGGGGAAUUUUCAGUCAAUCUCCAAACGCCGAAUGAACAAACUGAUUUGGAGCCGAAAUCUAGUUCUACCGUAGUCACUCAGUGGGACUUCCCUGAUGAACAACAAUAUGAUUUUGAAGGGGUCAAUGAUGAUAGUGAAACAUCUCCGUUGACUGAGGAAGAGGUGGAUGACACAGCAACAGUGUACUCGAGGGAUCCUGUUGAUUGCACCAGGUCUGAGUAUGGGGAUGGUGAAUUUGGUGAGCUGGAGUUUGAAUUGAAAGCAGCUGAGGUGGACCGAUUAACAGAAGAAGCAGAGUCGGGUACGCUGGUGUUGCGCCAUAGUCCAACCUCUAACAUUCAUCACCACAAUGCAAAUUCAUCAAUACCAAGAAAGAAAAAGGUUGGAAGACCAAGGAAGUCGCCCAAAAUAGGUGUUGGAAGACCAAGAAAGUUGCCCAAAAUUGCUGUUGCAGAGACCACAGAAACAACUAUAGCAGAGACACAAGAAGUUGAGAGAAUCCCAGCUAAGGAUAUCAGAAGAAGGAGAAAAGUAAAAGUAACCUCCACCAUGACUUGCCAAGAGUGCAAGCAGGUUUUUUACCGUCCAAAGGAUUUCAUCAAGCACCGUUUUAGUCACAAACAGAAGCAGCUACUGACCUGUGAGUGGUGUGGGAUCACCUUCCCUUUCCAGAGCCAAAUGCAGAAUCAUAUUCGUAUUCAUACAGGAGAGAGGCCUUUCACCUGUAAUGUGUGCGACAAAUCCUUUAUUAGCAAAGGCCAGCUUAAAUCACACAUGUGGUACCACAAGUCAAAGGAAAAAGGGGAAUCCUGCAGCCUGUGUGGGGCAGAUUCCUUAGAAUCACUUGAAGGCUACACACUUAGAAGACGUUCCACAAGACCAUGUGCCAAGUGUGGCAAGGCCAAAUCUGUGAUUUGAGAAAGAUUUGGUGAGUUGGUUAUCCGGACCUCCAAAAAUCCCAUUAUCCACUGAAGCUUGAUAAAUAACUGAAACGUGUAAAUGAAUUGUGUGUAUCUUUCCAUUUCUUAGUAAUUUCCUUGAGACAAUUGCUGCAAAAUGAAUUGAUUUGAUACUUUGUUCACUCAUUCAUUUAUUUUUUAUGAAUUUCUUUCCGUCGUUUUCACAGGUGUGUUAACAUUGACUGUAAGCUCAAGAGAUCUUUCUUUCUCAUCUAAAUUCAUAUUAAACUAGAAUGAAACUCUU